AGCUUCCUCCCCACCUGUGAUGAACAGGUUAUUAAGACUGGCAAUCCUUGUAUUUCACUGUGCCUACAAAUCAAAGAUCAGUCAGCUUUUGAUCACUGAAGCUUUAUAUAGAGGCUCCAGUGCUGAAAGAAAUGUAAAGAGCUCAUGCACCGGGGUGCCUCUCUGGAUAGCUCUAAACGCCGUAGCAGAACAUGAGACCAUGAGGAGGGUGUUCAGACAUAGGACACUGCUUGCUUUGCUUCCAAAUGCUUCAGCCAGGAAGCUGCUCCUGUUGAUACUAUUUGUCUUGGCUUUUUGGGCAGUCUUCAUGGCCUCAAAACAUCACACAGAGUUUUGGUUUCACUUUAACAACCCCAUCACCCUGAGACGAUGGCACAUCUUCAAGGAGUUCUUGCACUCCGAAGGGCUUCAGAACACAUCAGUCUCAGGAGCAGAGGCAGAGGUAAUGAUGGUUACAGAAAUCCUGGAGAAACUAAACCGACAGAUCCCACCCAGACCCUUCACCAAUUUCAACACCACCACCAGUGCCAAAGAGAGCAGAGCCACCAUCCUCAACCCCCGGGGCACAUACUGCAUAGGGGACCAACUGGACGUCCUGCUGGUAGCCAAGGACUACUUUGGUCACAGGAAGGAGUAUGGUGGGGACUUCCUAAGGGCCAGGAUAUUCUCUCCAGCCCUGAAGGCAGGCGCUUCUGGAAAGGUGACAGACUUCAACAACGGCACCUAUGUUGUCAGCUUCACUCUGUUCUGGGAAGGCCCUGUCUCCCUGUCUAUUCUUCUCAUGCAUCCCAGCGAAGGGGUGUCAGCUCUCUGGAGAGCAAGGAACCAAGGCUAUGACAGAAUAAUCUUCACUGGCCAGUUUCUUAAUGGCACCUCACUUGUCUUCACUGAAUGUAGCCUGACCUUGAACACAAAUGCCGAGCAGUGUCAGUACCUGGAUGCUCGGGAUCAUGAAGCCUUCUACUGCAUGAAGCCACUACAUGUUCCCUGUGAGGCCCUGACCCACAUGAAAACCAAUAACAAUAAUGUCUCCUACCUCAGCCUUAAGGAAAAGCUCCUUUUCCAGAGGUUCAACAUAGCAGUUGAAAUAGUGAAGAAUUUGACCAUCACAGUCUCACCAUGUAACAGGAAUGAAACCGAGAAAAAGAAAUGUCAAAUUGGAAUGAAGACUCCUUUUCCCAGUGGCUAUACUUUCAAAGGACGGUGGAUUACAACAUUCUGCAAACAGAAUGUGUUCAGUGACAUAAACGAUAUAAAUAACUGCUUGACAAGAAAACUGGUUUACCUCAUGGGUGACUCCACACUGCGUCAAUGGGUGUACUACUUAAGCAAAGUUGUGAAAACUCUAACGUUUUUUGACCAUCAUGGAACUGGGAUGUUUCAGACUCAUGUUCUUCUGGAUGUUAACCGACAUAUUUUGGUACAAUGGAAAAAACACAGUCAUCCGUUUGUUACUAAAAAGCUGUUCUCUAUGAAAGAUGACAACUACAUCCCACGGGAAAUUGACCAGGUGGCAGGAGACAGUCACACAGCAAUUGUCAUUAGUUUUGGCCAACACUUCAGACCUUUUCCCAUCAACAUUUUCAUCCGUAGGGCCAUCAACAUCAAAAAGGCCAUAGAGAGACUGUUCUUACGAAGCCCGGACACCAAGGUAAUAAUUAAAACUGAAAAUAUCAGAGAAAUAAGUGAACAUGCUGAAAUAUUCAGUGACUUCCAUGGUAACAUUCAAAAUCUUAUUUUAAGGGACAUUUUCAGGGAUCUUAAUGUGGGUAUUAUUGAUGCUUGGGACAUGACAAUUGCAUAUCGCAGUGAGGAUGUCCACCCAUCUAAUAGUGUGGUUGAAAGUCAGGUUGCCAUGUUCUUAAACUACAUUUGCUAGAGGGUCUUCAGCUGUAGAUAACAUCUCUAUCCCUCUCUACCCCUGCUUUCUCCAAUCUCAUAUGUACUACAUAGACAACACAAUCUAAUUUAUGUGUAGAUGGAAGUUUCUGUUCCACCCGAUCCCUCAGUUGUUUAGUCCCAAAUAAACACACAGAAGCUUGUAUUAAUUAUCAACUAUUUGACAGAUGGCCCAGGCUCCUUAUUGUUUAGCUCUCUCUUAAUUAUUAGGUUACAAAAAAAGUGACUGCUGAACUUGCCAAGGGACAUGAUGGUCCUGCAAGGUUCCUAAUUCAUCAAAAAGUCUGCCAAACAUCCUGGGCCUAUAGGCUAAAGAGGGAUGCCCCAACAUUACAGAGAAAUUUUGGGUAAUUGUUCAGGUAGCAAGAUGUCUCUGUCAAUUCUAGAGUUUAUAUAUUAUCUUUCUGGGGUCUGUGAUGGAGUUGAGGACAUAUUGUUAUGGUUUUCCUUAGUUAUGAUAAAAGAUAUUACAUAUAAAACUUUAGAGUCUCAAAGAUAGGAUAGAUGAUAGAUUAUUUUCUUUAAAUGUUGUCAAAUGUCAGUGAACUAAAUAUUAUUAACUAUAGUUCUUGCUUAAUAACUGUUUUGUUAUGUGUAAUUUUACUAAGUUAAAACCUUCCUUUUUAUUUAGACAGAAAAGAGGAAACGAUGCUAUGAAUAUAUGUUUAUCUUAUUGGUUGUUUUGGCCAUUGGAAAGGCAGGUGUUAGACAGGUGGAAAAUCAAAACAGGGACAGAGAAAGGUAAUAGGUGGAGUCAGGGAGACACCAUGUAGCUACCAGAAAGGUAGGACACCCAGACAUUCUCCAGUAAGCCAAGACCAUGUGGAGAUACACAGAUUAAUAGAAAUGUAUUAAUAUUUAAGAGAGGGCUAGCCAAUAAGAAUCCUGAGCCAUUGGCCAAACAAUUUAUAAUUAAUAUAAGCCUCCGUGUGUUUAUUUGGGACUAAAUGGCUGUGGGACCAGGUAGGACAGAAACUUCCAUUUACAUUUAAGAAGAAAUGAAUAUUGCAUAAAAUUUACCAUUCAAUGGAUAAGUUAGUUGUUGAUCUCAUUAUCCGGGAAGGGCAUUUAUGGUAGCCUUUCCAGGGAUGUUCAAAUUGUUAGUUGGCAGCAGUCUUGUAGGUCUCUAGACCUUUCUUUGGGUUCAGUUUUCUCUUCAAACCAAUAUUGGCUCCCUCUUUUAUGUUCUCUCUCUCUCUCUCUCUCUCUCUCUCUCUCUCUCUCCUGUCUCCUAUUCCUACCCUGACUCAAUCUUCCUGGUCGCACAUGUUUUCCUUUCCUCCCCCUCUCUUUCUCCUACUUCUCUCUCCAUUCACUGCCCCCCCCACUUCCCCUGUGCUCUGGGGGACUUGUCCCUUUCCCCUUCUGUGAGGGACUUUAUGUGAAUCUCUUAGAAUACACCUUGUAUCCUAGUUCCUCUGGUGGUGUGAAUUAUCCAUGGAGCCCUCAUCUAAUACCUGUUGGAAACAGAAGCAAACACCCAUACCUAAACACUGACUCCAACUAGAACCUAGAUUCAGAAGGAGAGGACAAGACCAGGUUGCAGAAACACAUAGAGACAGCUUACCUGAACAAGGAGGAGCUAACGGGCCCCUAGACUGAUAGCUGGGAAGCCAGCAUGGGACUGACUCAGGCCCCCCUGAAUAUGGGUCUCAGCCAGAAGGACUGAGCAGUCUAAGAGACCUCAGACAGUGGAACCAGGGUGUAUCGCUGGUGACAAAAGGACCUUGUGAACACGUCCCCCAUGGAGGGAUAACUGCCUUAAUCUAGAGACAGGAGAGAAGCCCUAGUCCCUACUUCACAUGACCUGUCAUAUCUACAUGACCUCACCUGGAUGGCAUUGCCCUACGUGUGGAAUUGGGGUGGGUGGAUGGGAGAGGAGGGUGGUUAGGGUGCAUGUGAGAGGGCAG